AUGUCUUUGGAAUUGAAGAGUGUAUUGGUCACGAGUUUGUGCACUUUUGGAGGUGGGAUUGCUGGGGUUGCUGAUGGGGUUAUUGGUGUUGUUGAUGCUGCUGCUGGGAGUAUUGGUGGUGUUGGUACAGUUGGUGCUACUGGUGGGAUUAUUGGUGCUGUUGGUGGUGUUGAUGGCUUUGAUGCUACUAAUGGGAUUAUCAAUUUUGUGGGUUCAGUUGGUGCUACUGCUACUACUGAUGGGUUUAUUGGUGCUAUUGGUGGUGCUAAUGGCUUUGAUGCUACUAAUGAGAUUAUCAGUUUUGUGGAUGUGGUUGGUGCUGCUGAUGGCUUUGAUGCUACUGAUGGGAUUAUCAUUUUUGUGGGUGCAGUUGGUGCCACAAAUAUAAUCAAGGAUGGCCUCCUUGGAGUAACUGGUUGA